GCAAACGUCAGGCAUCGCGAUGGGAAACAGGAUAGCCCCUCCCGUGGCGAUCACCUUUAUGCAUAUACUAGAGACUGGAUUUAUGUCGAGCUUGGAAUUUGCCCCUGUCCUUUACUUACGCUACAUUGACGAUAUUGUCGGGGUCUGGACACAUGGGAUUGAUCGCCUGAACCAUUUUUUCAACUGUAUUAAUGCUUACAACCGAUCCAUAAGCUUCACAAUGGAGUCUACCUUCAGCACCGGUCAACUUCCUUUCUUAGAUACCCUCAUAACAGUAUACCCCACCGGUGAGUACACCACGGAAUUAUACUUUAAACCGAUGGCAGCCCCGAUCAUUCUCCACUUUACGUCCGCCCACCCCAUGAGUACCAAGAAGGCCGUUCUCAAUUCCCAGAUCAAGCGAGCGAUGAGGGUGUCAUCUGACGACCGAACGAGGGAUCGCAGCGUAAAGCGGGUAAAACUUCUGUUUGAGCAGAACGGGUACCCAACAGCCAUGUUAGACACGAGCAUAAAGAAUAACCUUCGCAAGCGUAGUGAACGUAAAACUCGGCGCAACAAAGAAAACGAGAUUUUCAUGCGGCUUCCCUAUUUAGACGAAAACGUCGUUAGAAGAGUCAAUGGUGUUUUGAGAAGAUCUAAAACUAAUAUCAAAGUAGCCUGGAUUAGUGGUCCCACAAUAGGAAACAAACUUAUCUCUUCCGCCUUCUCUAAACCGCCCUGCCCAGCCGGGACUAAGCACUGUCACACCUGUGAGAGUGGGCUGAAGGGUAAGUGUACUAAGAAAAACAUAGUCUAUAAAAUUACCUGUAGCCUCUGUGAAAGAAACGGACGAACUGAAUUUUAUAUCGGAGAAAGCACCCGCCCCGUACGUUAUCGAUUCAACGAGCACCUAAGUGACGCUCGCCUGAGAAAACCAGACACCCCACUAGGUGAACAUAUUGCUGAUUCGCACUUUAACGCAAGUAGCACUGAAAUCAACUCCGCCUUUACUAUUGAUAUAAUCGGUUGGGGACGGGAUUCUGCUGAACUAAAAAUCACUGAAUCCAUCAAAAUUAGAGACCUAAGGCCCACAUUAAACAUGAUGAAAAGCUCAUGGCCCCUCGCUCGUAAACCAUAGGUCAUAACACACACACACACACACACACACACACACACUUCUCUCUCAUUCACUCA